GCUCGGCUGAACUCGGAAGCCGUCGGCGGUGCUCGGGGAGCAGUCGGGAGAAGCAGGGUUGAUCGCAGAAGUAAGGAGUAGUCGCGGGCGCAGCCGCGGCCCUAGAGAAAUUGUGCGUCGGUGACAGGGUGGGGAUAGCUUUGUUUUUCAAAAAAAAAGAAAGCAGAGAUCGUAAAUGAGCGGGCGAGGACAUCCAUUGUGUGCAUAUCAAUCCACCGAGGAGUGUAGCCGGGGCCAGAAGUCAUUUGAGUAGCUGGGAAUCUGCUAACUCCGGUUGACCUGCACAUUUAAGAUGGAUUUGAAAUGUAUCCUACAUACUGUACUGAUUUGCUGCUGCUGCUGGAAUGCACUUGCCCAAUCAGACACCAGUGAGUGUUUAAAAGCCAGUGCAAAGUCAUGUGGAGAAUGUAUACAAGCCGGUAGAAAUUGUGGAUGGUGCACCAAAGUUGAUUUCUUACAAGAGGGGGAACCAAACUCUGCACGCUGUGAUGAUAUUAAAUCUUUAAAAAGUAAAGGAUGUUCGGAGGAUGAGAUUGAAAAUCCCAAAGGUUCACAACAAAUAGACGCAAAUAAAGAACUUACUGGUCGCACAAGCGGUACAAAAGUAGAGGUGAAAGACAUUACACAGAUUCGACCACAGAAGCUAACUCUGAAAUUGCGAUCAGGAGAGCCCCAGACCUUCUCGCUGUAUUUUAAAAGAGCAGAUGAUUAUCCUAUUGAUCUCUAUUAUCUUAUGGACCUCUCUUUUUCCAUGAAGGAUGACUUGGAAAAGGUUAAAAAGUUAGGAACAGAAUUGAAAAAUGAAAUGCAGAAGAUAACUUCUGAUUUCAAAAUUGGGUUUGGGUCCUUUGUGGAUAAGACUGUGAUGCCAUACAUUAGCACAACCCCAGCCAAACGAAAAAAUCCUUGUCCAGGUGCUGAUGUAUGCACAAGUCCAUUUAGCUUCAAAAAUGUGCUACCAUUGACAGAAGAUGGAUCAAAGUUCAAUGAACUUGUAAGCAACCAGACUGUUUCUGGAAAUCUGGACUCUCCAGAAGGUGGUUUUGAUGCCAUUAUGCAGGUUGCUGUUUGUGGGGACAAGAUUGGUUGGCGAAAUGUUACUCGAUUGCUGGUAUUUUCUACAGAUGCAGGAUUUCACUUUGCUGGAGAUGGUAAACUGGGUGGCAUUGUUCUACCAAAUGACGGGAAAUGUCAUCUCAAUACUGAAGGUCUCUACACCAUGAGUGAUUACUAUGAUUAUCCAUCCAUUGCUCAUUUGGUACAGAAACUUAGUGAAAAUAAUAUUCAGCCUAUUUUUGCUGUUACUGAUGAUUUCAAGGGUGUAUACGAGGAACUCCAUAAUCUCAUUCCAAAAUCUGAAGUGGGUGUUCUUUCAUCAAACUCCAGUAAUGUUAUCAAUUUAAUCCUUGAUGCUUAUCACGCUUUGUCUUCUGAAGUUAUCCUGGAGAAUGAUAAAUUGCCAGAAGGCAUUUCAUUGCAAUAUACAGCCUUCUGUAAGAAUAAUACUGUUCAUACAAAGGAGGAUGGCAGGAAGUGUUCGGGCAUUCAGAUUGAUGACGAGGUCAGCUUCAACAUAAGUAUCACAGCAACAAAAUGUCCAAAUAAUGGUAAAAAAACAAGUUUUCAAAUCAAACCUCUGGGAUUUACUGAAAAAGUAGAGGUUAAUCUGGAAUUUAUUUGUGAAUGUGAAUGUCAUAAAAAGGGAUUGCCAAAUAGCGCAGAAUGUCAUCAGGGUAAUGGAACCUUUGAAUGUGGAGCCUGCAGGUGUAAUAAAGGGCGCAUUGGGCGUUUCUGUGAGUGCAGCACUGAUGAGGUAAACAGUGAGGACAUGGAUGCUUCAUGCAGGAAAGAUAAUACAUCUCAAAUCUGCAGUGACAAUGGUGAUUGCAUCUGUGGAGAAUGUGUCUGUAAAAAGAGGGAAAAUCCUACUGAAAUCAUCUCUGGCAAAUAUUGUGAAUGUGAUAACUUCAACUGUGACCGGUCUGGUGGUUUGAUUUGUGGAGGAAAUGGAAUCUGUAAGUGUAGGGUAUGUGAAUGUUACCCCAACUUCACUGGCAAUGCCUGUGAUUGCUCUGUGGACAAUUCAACAUGUAUUUCAAAGAAUGGACAGAUGUGUAAUGGCAGAGGUACAUGUGAAUGUGGUCGCUGCAAAUGCACUGAUCCAAAAUUCCAGGGGUCGGCCUGUGAAAUGUGUCCAACUUGCCCAGGAGUCUGUAUAGAACAUAAGGAUUGUGUUCAGUGUAAAGCCUUCCAGAAAGGACCCAAGAAAGAUACUUGUGAUCAGUGUGAGUUUGAAGUGAUUUUGGUGGAAAAGCAGGAUCAGUUGCCACAACCAGGAGCAGUUCCAUCAAUUGCUCACUGUAAAGAGAAGGAUGAGAAUGACUGCUGGUUCUACUUCUCCUAUUCUGUUAAUGACCAGAAUGUUCCAGAAGUUCAUGUUACCAAAAAUCCAGAAUGUCCGCAAGCACCUGACAUCAUUCCAAUUGUAGCUGGAGUAGUUGCUGGUAUUGUCUUGAUAGGCCUUGCCUUGUUGCUGAUUUGGAAAUUACUGAUGAUCAUUCAUGACCGAAGGGAAUUUGCAAAAUUCGAGAAAGAGAAAAUGAAUGCCAAGUGGGAUACACAAGAAAAUCCUAUUUACAGGAGUCCUAUACACAAAUUCAAGAAUCCAAAUUAUGGGCGCAAAGUUGCUUCUCUCUAAACCUGGUGAAAAUCCAAUCUACAAGAGUGCGGUGACAACUAUUGUCAACCCAAAAUACGAGGGAAAAUGAUGGAGUUUGUUCAUUUUUGUGAGGGUUUUUUUUAAUUUUAAUAUAGAUAAUGGGUUUGGGUUUCUUUUGUAGUCACAAAUUAGCUUUAGAUCACGGCAGUGAUUGCUAACCAAUAAUGUAAGUUUUUCUAUGCAGAUUUUGCAAUGUGUACAGUAAGUGUAAACAAAAAUUAGUUGCUUUUUAAAUGCAUUUUAAUUUGAAGAGGUGCAAAACGCCAGUGUUGGAAUGGAAUAUUAUCCCUUGGUCUAGCUUUGUUUUUUAAGAUUCUUCCAGAAUUUAGACUUGCUAUCAUGUAAAUUCUCUGAACAGUAUUCAAAUCCGGUAAAACAACUUGAAAAGCAAAAGAAUCUCCACUCAAUUUAUGUGCCAAAAGAAAUAAUUUGGAAUAUACUGUAUGUCUGGUAUUUACAUGAGUGCCUGAGAGAAUUUUGUAGACCCAAAAUAAAUCUCAUCUUUUCUUUAAUCCACGUUUAUCUUACAGUCAUACUGUGACUUGUGAAAUUCUUAGUUGGCAUUCUGUGUAUUUUGUUACCCCCUUUAGAUCGUGACAACUGAGCAAAAGUACGUUUCUUUUAUUUUUAAAGCAUUAUACAACUGUGUCAAACAUAUACCUGAAAUAUUUGAUAUGCGUACACUACUCUGCCAAAUGUGGAAUCUUUUUAUUUAAUUGUCAAUGGCUUUGCCAAAUCAUGACAGAUCAAACUUAGUUUUUUUUUAAAACUUGGAUGCAAGUAUUCAUUGGUUUGUAAUAUUGCAGAUUUUUUAAGGUAUUUUGUAGUAACCAAUAGGCCUCGAUACUUGUAUCAAUGCAAAGAGCAAAUCUUUCAUUUCUAAGCAGGUUCUCUUGGAACUGCUCAAACUCAGAAUGUUCCUUUAUGUUCAAUAGCUAUACAUACUAAUAAGCUGCAAGCAAAUAAUAACUUGGAGACAUGCUAGAUAUAGCUGUAUGCAUUAAUUCGUUCCAGGUAUGGACUGAUUUCACUUGGAUCACUUUCUUGAUUUAAAGUGCCUUUUUAUUUUAAGUAUUUACACUCUUGGCAUACACUUGACUUAUUUAUUAAAUAAACAACUUUAUAAAAAUA